AUGCCGCCACGGCAGCUGAUACCGCCGCCCCAGGGCGGAGAUCCCGCCGACGCUCUUGGAGGUGGAGAUGCUACCGGUCCCCAACGAAACGACUGCGCUUUUGAAAAUCGCGACUGGACUGAGGACCUGCCUCAAACCGACCAUGUCCGCUUCUUCCGCACGACGGAUUGGUCCAAGAGCAAGCUGGGGCCCCUAACGGAAUGGAGCCCAACGUUGCGGCUCUUCACCCGCAUGCUCUUUGCCGACUCUCGUGCUGCUUGUCUGUGGUGGGGACCGGACCUCGUCGCCAUCUAUAACGAGGCCUACAUGCCUCUAUCGGGCCAAGUCCACCCUAAGCUCAUGGGCUCGACCUUCAUCAACGCAUAUCCAGACCUCUGGGAUGGCAUCCAACCCUUCUUUGACAGAGCUCGAGCGACUGGUGUCGCCUCCGACCACUCAGCAGCUUCUGCGUUGAUGGUAGAGCGGCUUGGAUGGCGAGAGGAGGCCUUCUUCACCGGAAACUUUGUACCUAUCGGCGGGGGACCCACAACCCUACCCGAAGGAUUCUACAAUUCCCUGUUUGAGGUCACAAAUCAGCGGCUUAACGACCGUAGGACGACAAUGCUCAAUCGAAUGGCUUCCGUUCCAGAGCUAACAGUCGAUGCCAUUUACCGGCAUAUCAUUGCUUCACUUGAAACAAAUGGCAAUGACAUACCAAUGGCUAUCCUCUACGAAGCGGAUGAGAACCCACAAUCAACUAUCCUGCGGCUUCGAGGUCACAUCGGGCUCCCAAGCGGCCACAACCUAAUGGUUGAUGAGCAAGAUAUCAGUAGCUCCGAAGGUCUAGUACCCGACUGCCGCCGUGCAGGAUCUAAUCCGCUCAUAAUGGGCUAUGACAACCGUUUCGACGCCAUCUCCUGGAGUGGGUUUAAGCAACCCUCCAAAAAGAUUGCCGUCCUCCCCAUAACAAGCGGGUCACGUGUCUUUGGCUAUCUCAUCACCGGAACAAAUCCAUGUCGGCCAUUCGACGACGCCUGUGAACAGUUUUUGAAAGAUCUGGGUCGGAUGGUAUCAAGUGUCGUUUCUGCGGCCGUCAACGCAGAGGAGGCUCGGAAAUGCCAACAACGAUUGGAGAAUGAUCUCGCCUUCAGCGAUACGAAGCUGAGACAUCUUAUUGAACAUGCUUCAGUGGGGAUGAUCCAUGUCUCGCUAGAUGGAGAGAUGAUAUGGGCGAAUGACCAUUACUAUGCUCUUUCAGGCCGACGAGCCGACCAACACCCACACCGAGGGUCGUUUUUCGACGUCUAUCUAGAUGAAGAUCGAGGCAAAGCGGACGAACUCUGGAAGAAUCUUCUUGGAGGUGCGAAUCACGUCACUGCAGAACUUCGGCUCAAGCGUCUUUACACUUCUCCGAUAGGCGACGCGGAGCCUGCCCAGCUUCAGGUUCUGGCCUUUCCCUAUCGCGAAAGUGGUAGCUUAAAGUCUAUUAUGGCUUGCGCUACCGACAUCAGCAGACUCAAGUGGGCCGAGACAUUUCAAGCGCGAUUGGCUACCGAAGCAAGGGAAGCUAAAAGGCAACAGGAGGCUUUCAUCGAUGUCGUUUCUCAUGAAAUGAGGAAUCCUCUGAGCGCAAUCGUGCAUUGUGCAGACAGCAUUAGCAGUUCCCUGGAAGAAUGUCGCUCCAAACUCGAGGAAAUACCGCAGCCCUGUCUCGAUUCUUUGGCCGAGAAUGUUUCUGCGGCACAGAUUAUCAUACAAUGUGCCAAUCACCAAAAGCGCAUCAUUGAUGAUGUUUUGACGCUGAGCAAGCUCGAUUCCAUGCUGCUAUCGGUUACCCCCACCGCCACAAGACCGUCGAAACUUAUCAAUGCCAUUAUGAAAAUUUUCGAAGCUGAGCUAAAAUCUAACCAUGUCAAAUACGAUGUCGAACCUGAACCCUCCAUUUUCGAAUUGAGCAUCGAAUAUCUCUACUUGGAUCCGUCUCGGGUCACGCAAAUAUUCAUCAACCUACUCACGAACGCAAUCAAGUUUGUGAAAUUAUCCACUAACCCGAAAAUCUCCGUUCGGUACGGUGCCACCUUAUCCGAUCCUCGCUCCAUGUUUCCAGAUGACAUGUUUUGGGCAACUCGAGGCGACAAACAAGACGACGUAACGAAUAACAAAGAAUGGGGAAUGGGGGAAACUAUCUACCUGACCUUCCUUGUUAAAGACUCUGGAAUUGGUUUGAAUGGGAAAGAGAUCCAUAAGAUAUUUGAACGUUUUCGACAGGCGAAUAUGCGCACUCAUGUCAAGUAUGGUGGAAGCGGGUUGGGGCUCUUCAUCUCGAAGGAAUUGACGGAGAAGCAGGGUGGAGAGAUUGGCGUAACAUCUGUUCUUGGAGAAGGUUCUACGUUUGGCUUCUAUGUCAAGACGAAGAGAGUGCAGAGACGACUGCAGAGACUGGGAGAGCAAUUUCCACAAGAGCACCAGGGAGUCUUGAGUGAGCAGUUAGAUGUCCUGCUCGUCGAAGACAAUGUCAUAAACCAGCAGGUCCUUGGCAAGCAGUUGAAGAAAGCCGGGUGCGUUGUCGAAGUCGCUAAUCACGGACUUGAAGCUCUAGACGCUCUGGAUAGAAAAAAGUUCGAUGUCGUGUUGAUGGAUUUGGAAAUGCCGGUAUUAGACGGACUGAGUGCGACAAAGGAGAUUCGGAAGCGUCUACAGGAGGGGCGAUUGGUGAACCCUUUGCCAAUUAUUGCGGUCACGGCGAAUGUCAGACCGGAGCAGAUUGAAGCGGCGCUUGCAGCCGGAGCGGACCGGGUGAUGCAAAAGCCUUUUAAGGCUGCGGAUCUUGUGCACAUGAUGCACGGCCUUGUCCCCCAAGCCACCAUGCCCAUCCCCGAACCGUCGGCCACGAUCUUUAAUAGCCCCAUCAAGGACUUCAUCACUUGACAUUGGAUUGAGGAUUGUAUCUGUGCGGUCUUCGACUUUCUGGUGGGACAAGGCAUUCCAACCACAGCGCGAUCACUCCAUGAUUCGGCCACCUCGCUUGCAGCACGAUGUUGGACUCGAGCACUAGUGAAAUAACCCUUCUCGAGGCUCUAGACAAGAGCUACUCUUAAUAAUCUCCUGGGUGCUAUCGACGCCGUAAAAGUCAUGGAGAGCAUUUUGAGCGGGAUGUGGCUCGUGAGGAAUGCAUGGUUGUUGAUGGAUUUGGGUGAGAGUGAGAGUGAAGACUUCUUGUU